GGAAGCAUCCACUUUUGGUUUCAUGUUCCAAUCUCUUACCUUCACUCCACUACAAAGCUUCUUCAUUUCUCAACACUUUCCUCUCAUCUCUUCUCACUCUUUCACUUCACAAUGUCCGAACCAACUUCCAAACCUAAUGGCAACGCCGCAAUUAACGGCACCGCUACAACUAACGGAAAUCCACUUCCCGUUAAAUCUCAGCUUUACAAUCCUAACCGUCAAGUUUACCGUCCACAAUCUCAAUACAACCGUCGCCGUCGAUCUAACCGUAGCCUCUGCUGUUGCUGUUGCUUCUGGACAAUCCUAACCGUUCUCGCCGCCGCACUUCUCGCCGCAAUUGUCGGUGCUGCACUGUACGUACUGUACCAUCCUCACCAACCACAAUUCUCCAUCACAAACCUUCGCAUUGCGAAGAUGAAUCUCAAAACCUCAACAGAUUCGCCUUCACAUCUCACUACACUCUUCAACCUCACACUCAUCGCUAAGAAUCCGAACAACCACCUCGUUUUCUUCUACGAGCCGUUCACCAUCACCGCGUUCUCCGAUUCCGUUCAAAUCGGAAACGGAUCGUUGCUGGCGUUUGAUUCCGGUAAGAAUAAUCAGACUAGUCUCCGGGCGGUGGUGUCAGGUUCGCAAGAUCUGGAUACGGAAUCGUUGACUAGCUUGAGAUCGGGUUUGAAGAGAAAGAAAGGGUUUCCGGUGGUGAUUCAGAUGGAUACGAAGGUGAAGAUGAAGAUGGAAUGGUUGAAGAGUAAGAAGGUAGGGAUUAGAGUGACAUGUGAAGGAAUUAAAGGAACCGUUCCCGCCGGUAAGUCGCCGUCGGUUGCUUCCGUUAUCGACUCUGAAUGUAAGGUGGAUCUUCGAAUCAAGAUCUGGAAAUUCUCCUUUUAGUUUUGUGAGUGAUUUUACAUGAUUGAUUAUUACUAUUACAAUUAUAAUUGCGGAUUCUUUGUUAUCAAUGCUAAUAAUCAAUCCAAUCAUCAAGUUCUCUUUCUCUUUUUUUAUUUUUUUAUUUUUAUAUUUCAUUCUUUUUGUGGUUUCAUAAUUGCUUUUUCUAUUUGUGGAAUGGAUUGAUUAUGGUUAUCAUGAAAAUGUGUUGAGAAAGUGAAAUUUGUAAGGAGGAAAUGAAUUUGAGUAUGUAAUAUGAGAUUUGGGGCAAUGAAGCUCUAAAUUUAGUUUUCGUUUUUGGGUCGUUGUAGCUUGUAAUGCAACUGCAAAUUAUAUAUAGAUUGGAAUUUUGUCA